AUGGGCGAGACUUCGUCCAAGGCAGCUCUCACAUCUGGGUUACCCGGUGACGAUUCCUCACCCCACAUCUGGCCUACCCGGGGACGGCUCUCACAUCUGGCCUACCCGGUGAUGGAUGGGCUCCGGGCAUGCGCGACGGCUCUAGGCUGUGGACGAGGGCCUAAUGGACGUGGUCGACACCCUAAACACCCUAUAACCAACAGCCGGUGA